AUGACGACUCACAAAGAGAUGCUCUUUGUUCUGGCUGUCGGGCUGGCAGUUUUAGGUCAUGUGACCUGUCGAGUCAUACGACCGGUGUACGUCCACAAAAGACAUGCAGGUCAAAGCCCUGGUACUAAGCAAAACCAAGCUCCGACCAUCCCUACAUUGAAGGUAGCAUCCCCUGCGCCCUUACCAGCUACUGAACCUUCCUCUCAGAACCGAGCCACAAGCCUAGCUACAGUUGCAAUAGUAAAUGAUACACCUGCACCUGACCUCAGAGAAAACCAGAAACCAACAUUAAAAGCUAGGACGAGCCCUGCUCCAAUUCGGGUCUCUGUUGAUGAGGCAACCACGGCAAACCCAGCGUCUAGCACCGGUCCUUCCAAUAGAUCUACAACACAGGUAAAGUCUUCCAAAGGGGUAUUGGCAAAGAGCAUCCCCCAAGUUGCUGUAAAGAAUAAAUCGCCAAAAGUCAUCGCUGAGAAUAACUCAGUCUCAGUGAAAGUUAGCACGAUAAAACCCACCGCUGCAACCAGCGUCCCAUCAAAGAGUGGUAGUGCAGUGGAUAGCAAAGGAAGUCCACCAAGUACCACAAAGGGCGCUAUGCCAGUAACCGUAGCGAAUAUAUCCGUCACAACACCAACGCCUACAACAACCCCGCCUACAACAAGAACAACGGAACCUCUGACUACAGAACCUGAGGUAACAGAAGGUGUGGAAGCUGAGGAGACGGAACCCACACCUGGAGCAGGUGAAGAAGCGGAAGUCACGGAGGCCCCCGAAAUCGAGGAGACCGAUCCCACGUCAGGACCAGAGGAAGCUGGGGUAACGGAGGAGGUGGAAGUAGAGGAGACCGAGGGCCCUACGCCGGGUGCAGAAGUUAAGGGUGGGUCUACGGCGGAGGGUCAAAGUUCUGGCCUGGCUCUUAAAGCCGCGGGGCGGGCGGCGAUUGCAGAUGCGAGCCGUAAAGGCAAGGUUCAGCCUGCACAUGUGGAUCCUUUAGCUGGUCCACAAGAGGUCGAGGAACCUGAGGCAACUGGUUGA